UCUCGCUGUCCUCUUCUACUGCCACUGCCAGUACCAAAACGGUUCUCUUAUCAAAGAAAAACACAACCAAAAAACUGCAUUCAAUCACCCCCUUUUACCAUGGGAAGUGCUUGUUUUUCCUGGGACGUUUGUUUGUUUUUCGUCCUCAUAAAUACUUGUGAGGUGAUGGGGAAUGUUGGACUCGCAGAUGCAGAUGAGUGCUCUGAAGCCACAGAUGACUGUCACAUUGACGCUCUCUGCCAGAAUACCCCCAAAUCCUUCAACUGCAUCUGCAAGCCAGGAUACAAGGGAGACGGCAAGCAGUGCGAAGACAUGGACGAGUGUGAGAAUGACUACAAUGGAGGCUGUGUCCACGAGUGUAUCAACAUCCCGGGCAAUUACAGGUGCACCUGCUACGACGGAUUCAUGUUGGCCCACGACGGACACAACUGUCUGGACGUGGAUGAGUGCCUGGACAACAACGGAGGAUGCCAGCAGGUGUGUGUGAACACCAUGGGAAGCUAUGAGUGUAUGUGCAAGCAAGGCUUUUUCCUCAGCGACAACCAGCAUACCUGCAUCCACCGCUCCGACGAUGGAAUGAACUGCAUGAACAAGGACCACGGCUGCGCCCACAUCUGCAGGGAGACUCCAAAGGGGGGUGUGGCUUGCGAGUGCCGGCCCGGGUUCGAGCUGGCAAAGAACCAGAGAGACUGUACAUUGACGUGUAACUAUGGGAACGGAGGCUGCCAACAUAUGUGUGACGAUACGGAUGUGGGGCCGGUGUGUGGCUGUCACCAGAAGUACGCCCUGCACUCAGACAGCAAGACCUGCAUUGAUCUGUGCUCUGUUGCACCACGAAAAUGUCGCCCGGAGUUUCACGAUGACGAUGAGAGAGAUGAGGCUGCAAUUGAGAGCUCUGAGUUCAAUGCCACGUCAGUAGCUGAUGUGGACAAGCGGGUGAAACGGCGGCUACUUAUGGAAACCUGUGCGGUGAACAAUGGCGGCUGUGACCGGACGUGUAAGGACACGGCUACAGGGGUACGCUGCAGCUGCCCCGUGGGAUUCACCCUGCAGCCAGACGGCAAGACCUGCAAAGACAUAGAUGAAUGCCAGGAGGCGUUCAAUAACGGCGGCUGUGACCAUUUCUGCAGAAACACGGUGGGCUCCUUCGAGUGCAGCUGCCAGAAGGGCCACAAGCUCCUCACUGACGAACGCACCUGCCAGGAUAUUGACGAGUGUUCCUUUGAGAGGACCUGUGACCACACCUGCGUCAACUACCCUGGCAGCUUCGAGUGUGUCUGUCAGGAGGGAUAUACUCUGUACGGCCUCACACACUGCGGAGACAUAGAUGAGUGCAGCAUUAACAACGGGAGCUGUGAGCACAGCUGUGUGAACACACAGGGAGGCUAUGAGUGUCUGUGUCCACCUGGUCAGAAGCUCCACUGGAACAGGAAGGACUGCAUCAAGGCGGUGAAGUGUUUGCCCAAUGGGAAGCCAGCGCCACGCGCCCAGCUCAGCUGUGACAAGAGAGGCGGGGUGGAGGUGUGCUCGCUUUCCUGCCCUUCCAACGCACUCUUCCUCGCAGACUCUGAGAACAGCUACACGCUAAGCUGUGGUGUGCCGGUGCAACCUGGGAAGGCACCACAGAAGAGGAACGCCACCACCGCCCUGCUCACCUGUGCAGAUACGUUACCCCCACCCAUCAAGCAGAAGGCCCGCUUCAAGAUCAAAGAUGCCAAGUGUCACCUGAGACCCAGGAACAAGGAAAAACACAGAGAGACGUCCAAGCCGAGCCUGCAAGGGGGUCCGCUCCCCUGUUCUGAUGACUGCCAGGUGACCUUUGUCAAUCUGAAGUGUGACUCAUCUAAGAAGCGGCGCCGUGGACGCAAGUCCCCUUCCAAAGAGGUUUCCCACAUCACAGCUGAGUUUGAGAUGGAGAUGAAGGAGGAGGAAGCCUCAGGUCAGUGUGACUGUGCAACCUCAGACUCGUGUAACGUGGCGUGUGUGAGGGAGCGUAUGAAGCAGAGGUUACAGAGUGCCAUGCGGACCCUGAGGAAGUCCAUCAACAAGCAGCAGUUCUACAUCCAGUUCUCUGGUACUGAGUACGAGGUGGCCCAGAAACCUGCCCUGCACGUUGAGCAAUGCAGCACCGGACAGGUCUUACGGGACGGCAAGUGUGUGAGUUGUGGUGUGGGGACAUACUAUAGUGGAGACCAUGAUCAGUGUGUUGUGUGUCCCCCUGGUACAUACCAGGACACAAUGGGUCAGCUGUCCUGUGAACCCUGCCCCAGCACCGAGGGACAGGGCAUCGCUGGGGCCAAGAACGUCUCCCAGUGCGGAGGCCAGUGUCCGGCUGGUCAGUAUUCAUCAGAUGGGUUUCGUCCAUGUAACCCCUGUCCCCUGGGCUCCUUCCAGCCGGAGCCUGGUCGUGUCCUCUGCUUCUCCUGUGGAGGAGGCCUCAUGACCAAGUACGAGGGCUCUGUCGCCUUCAGGGACUGUGAGGCCAAAGUCCACUGUGCUCCUGGACACCACUACAACUCCAGUAACCACCGCUGUAUCCGCUGCCCAGCCGGCACCUACCAGUCAGAGUUUGGACAGAACUACUGCAUCACCUGCCCUGGUAACACCACCACCGACUUUGACGGAGCCACCAACGUCUCUCACUGCAAGAACCAGGUGUGUGGGGGUGAGCUGGGGGACUUUACAGGCUUUAUUGAGUCUCCUAACUACCCCGGGGACUACCCGUCCAAUGUAGACUGUAUCUGGACCAUCAACCCUCCUCACAAGAGACGCAUCCUCAUCGUGGUGCCUGAGAUCUUCCUCCCCAUCGAAGAUGAGUGUGGAGAUGUGCUCGUCAUGAGAAAGAGUGCCCUGCCCACCUCCAUCACCACCUAUGAGACGUGUCAGACUUACGAGCGGCCAAUCGCCUUCACCUCCCGCUCCCGCAAGCUCUGGAUCCAGUUCAAGUCCAAUGAGGGCAACAGCGGCAAGGGCUUCCAAGUCCCCUAUGUCACCUACGAUGAGGACUACCAGCAGUUGAUAGAGGACAUUGUCCGGGACGGCAGGCUAUACGCAUCAGAGAAUCACCAAGAGAUACUGAAAGAUAAAAAACUGAUCAAAGCCCUGUUUGAUGUGCUGGCUCACCCCCAGAACUACUUCAGGUACACGGCCCAGGAGUCCAAAGACAUGUUCCCCCGCUCAUUCAUCAAACUGCUGCGCUCCAAAGUCACACGGUUCCUACGGCCGUACAAAUAGGCUGCUACGCCCCCUGUCUGCUACCCAGACACCUACCCCUUAUGUUUGUCCUACGGCCCCUUUCCACCAUCUACUCCUCCCUACUCUUCACCUAGGUCCUUACCCUGUCAACAUCCCCAUAUGUCUUCUUAUCCCCAAGUCUAUACCCAUGCAUAUCUCCUACACCCCCCCGCCACUCUAUCCCUCUCUUUUACACCCCCUCUACUCUCAAACACUUCUUCUACACCCCUAUACUUCUCUUACACCCUCCUCCCCCACACACACACCCCCAACCCUACCCAGAGUUCCUCCUGCUCGCUAUCCCAGCAUUCCCUGCACAGGAACAGAGAACCGUCUCUCCCUCUUUUGUAUUUUUUUUUUCUGCAGUCCUCGUUUUAACUUUCCACCUUUUCCCCUGUACUUUUGGUUUGUUUUGGUUUGUUUUUGUGUUGUUGUUGUUUUUUUGGUUAUAUUUAUAUGUGUAAGAACUUGCAGAAGCCCACAACAUGGAUGUUAGAUAUAUAUGUACGUACAGACAUGUUGGUUACAAGUAAAAUGUAUGUGUAUGUAUGUACGUAUGUUAUUUGUGUUUGUGUGAACAUAUGUAUGUGCACGUAGAUGGUGUGCGAGAGUGACGUCACACGCAGGUACAUGGAUGUAUCUUUAUUUUGUUAUUUUUAAAAGGCCCCUGGCGUGCACAAGAUGGAAGUCAGAAAAAAACGAUUGGUGCACUUAAAUAAUAUUUUACAUCAGCAUUUUCACAUGGGAAAUUAUUUCUAAAGACAUUUCUAAUUUCAGCAUCCCAGACCAUUCCACCUCAAACUGAGUACAGUGAACGAAUACGUUUGAUUUUCAAAAAAGUCACUUUUUUUCUUUUUGAAAGAUAUAUAUAACAAGAUGAAAAAACUACCUGCAAGUAACAGACGUUACUAUAGAGAGAGAUGUAUGUGAUGUAACUAAUAUUUGGAACUUUAAUUGCACUUGAAUUUUAUAUUGUAAACUGUAGAAAAAAAUCUAAGUUACAUUUUUCCUUAUGUUUUGUGUUGUAUAGAAAUGUAUCACCUUGGUUGUAGCAAAGAGAGAGGCAAAAAUAUGUCCCAUUUUGUUCUCACCACACCAGUAACCCAGACCCAAAACCCCCAGUGUUCAAUAUCUUUAGACAGACAACGUCAAAUCCACCCAUUUGCCCUGAAAAGCAGUAUUGCCAGUAAGUAAUCAUUUAAAGGGAAAUGUCCUUAACGACGCACUACUACUUUAGUUGUGGGUGUGCUCCCAUCUCCUAACUCUGCCUCAUCCCUUUAAGACCCUCCUGACUAGCUGCCAGAGAAAAGGGGUGUUUUGUGUAAAGCUUCUUAUAUGAUGGCACUAAGUGCACACUCAAAACCACCUGCUUUUUACGAGUGUCCACUUUCUCAAUCUGUCCUAUUUGGACUUCUCCCAGUUUCUGUAAGUCAUCAACCUAGACUGUUGAUUUCAUAUCUAUAACAAAUCUGUAAGUUUGUUUAUAUUUCUGCACAAUGCAAGUGGAGAAAAUAUGUAUUGUGUGAUGACGAGAGUGUUGGUUUGGAGGUGAAUGUAGUAGCAGAGAUACAGAGGCAGAGGUCUGUUUGAAAGUAUUGUGAUGUCUAUGAGAGUAUCUGUAUGUACAUAGCACUUGCAACUGUAACCAUAACCCAGAAAGUGCCCAAACUAACCUCAAGUAGUCAAACGUUCUGACAAAAUUACACUUUCAUUGUUCUCCCCCUUGUAACACUCUCCAGCAGAGUCCGUUUGCAUUUAUAAACUGGGUGGUUCAAGCCCUGAAUGCUGAUUGGCUGACAGCCGUGGUAUAUCAGACCGUAUACCACG